AAUUGAUCCUAAAUCCUAUAUUGCCUAUACGGACAACGAGAAGUUACUUCUGGUCUCUAAUCAAUCACAAUCAUUAAUGUUCUGGUUGCUUGCCAUGAUUAACCGUAGCGCCAGCUGAUGGUUGGUUAAUCCGGAUAUCUUACCAUACUUUCGUAGUUCGAUAAAAAGCGCUACGAUAAAAAGCUGAGCCGAAAUAAUUCGACUGUCCAGUUUAACCGAUACCUUUGCUCAGAAAGCAAGUUCCGUAGUGAAUCGAGUGAAAAUGGCUAAGUCAACCUACUGUAUCAUCGGAGCUGGAUUGGCAGGAAUCAACGCCACUAGGCAUGCCCUGGAAGCGGGUGGCGAUGUGACGGUGUUCGAGCAGACCAGCAAAGUGGGCGGAACUUGGGUUUACACCGAUGAAAUCGGAAAGGAUAAGCACGGAUUGGACAUUCAUACCAGCAUGUACCAGGGCUUGAAGACGAAUAUUCCGAAGGAGAUUAUGGGAUUCCCAGAUUUCCCGAUUGGGCAGCAGGAGGAAUCUUACGUAACUUCGCAGGAUGUGUUGAAGUUUAUCGAAAAUUAUGUCGAAAAGUUUGAGCUUUGCAAGUAUAUCAAAUUUGAGCAUCAUGUGAUCCGGGUGACUCGGAAGCUGGACUUUGAAAAAUGGGAGGUGCUAGUGAAAGAUCUUCAGGCCAACAGAUAUGAUUCGUAUAUGUUUGACUACAUCCUCGUGUGCAAUGGUCACUUCUUCAGUCCAUUCACACCGAAGAUCCCAGGUCAUGAAACGUUCAAAGGUCGUCAAAUGCAUAGUCACGACUAUCGAAGUCCUGCGCCUUUUGCCGGUAAAAACGUGGUCGUGGUGGGUGGAAGCCACAGCGGUAUAGAUGUAGCGAUUGCUUCGGCUCCAAUUACCAAGCAGCUUGCACUGAGUCAUCGGUGUCCGGAAAGGUUGAACAUUUUCUACGAUAAAGUUGUGCAGAAACCGGAGAUUGCCAGAAUCUAUGAUAACGAAGUUGAGUUUGUCGAUGGUACACGGCAGACUUGCGAUGUUCUGGUUUACUGUACGGGGUACCGGACCAGCUUCCCAUUUCUCAGCGUGGAUUGUGGUAUUACUGUGGAGGAGAAUCACGUCCAGCCAUUGUACAAGCACUGCAUAAACAUACGGCAUUCCUCGAUGGCGGUAAUUGGAUUGCCGUUCAGUGUAUGUUUCACCCUGAUGGUGGAUUUACAGAUAAGAUUUUGUAUAAAAUUUUUCAGUGGAGGAAAGAGGCUACCAUCCGAGCAGGAAAUGGUUGCAGACACCAAGGCGGAUGAGGAAGAACGUGCCAAAAGAGGAUUUCUGAAGCGUCAAGCUCAUAUGCUUUCCGGGGAUCUACAGCAACGCUAUUACGAUGAUCUGGCUCGGAUUGCCGAUAUCGAGCCUUUGAAGCCUGUGCUAACGAAGUUAUACACGGUAUGCGUUCGGGAGAAGAAACAGGAUAUAUUGAAUUACAGGAACAAUGUGUAUCGCAUCAUAGACGAUGAGAAUUUCAUCAAAGUCAAUUAGGCGAAGUGAUGGGAUUGAAUAAAUGAUAAAUGCGUAA